AUGACAGAGGCCGAGGCCGUGUACCGCUACGAGUCCGGAUACAUCUCUCACAGCGCGAAGACAGAUUACGGGCCGCUGGAUUUCACUGGGCGCAUAGCCGGGGGAUUGCGGCUUGACAUUCGCAGAAGGGCGCCGCUAUUUUGCAGUGAUUGGACGGAUGCCUUCUUGCCAGAGAACUUCCAAAAGUCGGUGUCUUCAAUCUUGUAUCUGUUCAUAGCAGCCCUUGCCCCUGCGAUCACAUUCGGCAGCCGGUUCCUAGAUGGCACGAACGGCCAAUUCGGAGUGUUGGAGAUGAUCAUGAGUACUUCGAUUUCGGGCUUGAUCUUCUCAACAUUUGCGGGCCAACCUUUGUCGAUCCUUGGAGCUACGGGUCCCUUCUUGGCCUACACCUUGGUCGUCUACGACCUCGCCAUUGCAGUCGACAUCGAAUUCAUGCCAUUUUACUUCUGGACCUGCAUGUGGUGCUCGGUGUUCACGAUCCUCGUGGCGGUGUUCGACCUGUGUGCACUCAUGAAGCACGCCUCCUCUUCCUCCUCGACGGGUCUGGCCAUUUGCGGCCUCGGCGCCGCGGUCGGCGCUGCCAUCGCCGCGCCCAAGAAGGAGAGGGCGGCGCUCCGUGCCUUCGAGAAUGAGCUUGGCGUGCAGGCUCCCGUGGGCUUUUGGGAUCCCGCGGGCUUCACCUCGGAUGGUGACGCCAAGGACUUCUACCGCCGCCGCGUGGUAGAGAUCAAGCACGGACGCGUUUCAAUGCUCGCGUGCACCGGCUACAUCGUGCAGGAGUUCGUCCGCUUCCCGGGCUUUUUGUCCCCGAGCUCAGACAUCAAGUUCGCCGACAUCCCGAACGGGCUGAAGGCGGUCACCGUUGUGCCGGCAGUUGGCUGGUUCCAGUACACCGUCUUCUGCGGCCUUUGCGACCUGUGGAUUGCCGACCAGAGGCCCUCUAACCCUCCAGGCAAGCUCCAGACCCGACUUUUCGGUGAUACCGCUUUGAAUUACGACUACGGCUUCCUUGGAAUCCCAGCCUACCUCGGUGGCAAGCCCGUCGAGGAUCCGGAGUUCCUCGGUGAAUCUUCCCUUGGUUGUUGUUUCUUCCGUUGCUGCGAAGUGCACGGCAUAUCAACAGAUGCGAUGUGGAUUGAGCAAGUAAUGCGCGACCUUGAUAUGGUUCGUUCGCCCACCCGACCCCCUCUGACGAUCGGGUUGCCACCAGGCCGCGUGCUGGGUGCUAAGACUUUCGUGAAUUUCCUUCCUGCGCUCCCUUUGCGUGUGCUAUGCAGACGUUGGGAUGCUAUCGAAGAGGGGCUUUAA